AUGCCGUUGUUGUCGUCGGCGUCGCAGUUCAGCGCUGUGGCUCAUGUCCUCGGUCUCACCGCUGCUAUUCUGGUUAUUGUUUGGGUGGUGCAUUACGGCGGUGGCGCUGACCUCAACUCCGAGAACACCGAUCUCAUUUUCAAUGUGCACCCCUUAGUGAUGACUUUGGGCUUCAUUCUCGUUAUAGGUGAAGCAAUAAUGGCUUACAAUACUGUACCGAGCCGGAAAACAGUGCAAAAGAGCAUACACAUGUUGCUGCAUUUGCUGGCUCUGGUCCUCGGAGUACUCGGAAUCUACGCAGCUUUCAAAUUCCACAACGAGAGCCAAAUACCGAACAUGUAUACUCUGCAUUCGUGGCUUGGCAUCUGUACCAUUUGCUUGUUCGGUUUGCAGUGGAUAUUUGGGUUCUUCAGCUUCUGGUUUCCGGGAGCGCCGCCUAUGACGAGGACGAUGCUAGUUCCGCUACACGCCACCGCAGGUUUGGCUAUUUUUCUGAUGGCGAUAUGCACCGCCGAGACGGGCUUUAUGGAGAAAGGGGGCGAAGGGCCAGGCGCUGAGACUCGGCUCAUCAACUUCGCAGGGCUGAUCAUUCUCCUCUUCGGCCUGUUUGUCAGCCUGUCCACGGCCCUUCCCAGAAUCAUGUCUUAA